AUGGAUGUAGGCCGUAUUGACCUGACCAUCCUCUCGCUUGGUGGAGCAACUUUGAUCUCUGCGCUUCCCACCGCUCCUACCGGCGACCUUCGAUUCGCUGCCCCGCAAUGGCUCGAACAGGAGUCUGAGGUCAAUAGCGGUGAUCUUGCAAAUUCGUUCGUUGCCUGCAAUCCAGCGGAAGACUGCUUGUCCAUGGACGUCUGGGCACUAGCAAACAUCCUGGAGGGCAAGAAGCUGCCAGUUCUGGUCUGGACAUACAGUGGUGGUUUCACCGGCGGCUCGAAAGCCGAGAAUACACCAGAGGGCCUCUUCAACCUAAGCACCGAGCUCAUAUUCGGCUCGUACAACUACCGACUGGGCAUCAAUGGACUUAGCAAUGGUGUCACGGUUCAGGGCGCUCUUGCCAGUCGAACCUCACCUGCCAUAAGAGUGACUGCCACGUCACACUAGCGUUGUUUACAGCUACUCACCUAUACAUACUGUCCGUAGCUUCACCCAAUACAACCUCAGUUCAAUCCGUCAAUUCUUCCCAUAUGCGCACUGUCCACGCUUCCCGACAAAUGGACUAACAUACGCCCAUAAGGGUGGUACUACCAGUGCUGCCAUCUGGUACGUCGAGCACGCGUUCAGGUGGGUCCAGAAGUACAUUGGCG